AAAUGUAGUGACUGUAUUACCGUUUAUCGAUUUUAGUAAUUUGGUUCUUUAAAUACUUUAGCAUUUAUCAUGCACCUUCGGCAUUGCAUGUUUCCUUUCUACAUUGCACACUGAUAACGAAAAAGGACUUGACGACGGAAAUAUUCAAUAUUACAAAACAUGUUAAGCACGCAGAACAUGCAGAAGGAGAGAGAAAACUUCUAUAGAAUCUCAACAAUUAUUGUUGAUCACGGAAAGGAAGCGUUGACUUUGUUGCUUCAUAAUGAACUUAAUUCUAGCAAUCAAACACUGGAGGAUUUUAUAAACUUGAACCAGCAUGAAAUAUAUCAUUUAUGCUUUAACAGAUAUACAUGUUGCCAGUGUGUCAACAAAAAAUUACCACUUACAGCUCCCGCAAGUAGAGUUCUUCAUCCGGAUCAAUUAAACAUAUUGUUAGACAAAACUGGACAAACACUAUCUUGUCAUAAUAUUAAAAGCGCGGCACAAUUCUGUUGUUGUCCGGCAAAAGCCACACUUACAACAAAGCAUCUGGAUUUAACACUUCUUCGUUGUCUGCUGAUUAAUUUUGCAUCGAUCUGUCCUCUGAAUAGCAACAUUCGACUUGCAGUUGAUGGCCUCACUGGAUAUCGGAACAAAUUAUAUGGACAUGCGCAAGAAGCCAGAUGUUCUGAUUCUGACUAUAAACUAUACAAAAGUCAAAUUGAAACAGUCAUUCUCACAAUUGCAAAAUCAUGCAAAAAAGAAAAUGAAAUGAAACAGAAACUCGUGGAUGCUGAAGUUCGACCAUUGGAUGAAACAAUAUGUCAACAAUAUCAAAAUUGUUUGUUGUCUGAUAUUCAGCAAAACGAAGAAAUUAAAACGGAAAUAAAUAUGCUUAGAGAACAAUCUACACAAAACAAAGAUCAAAUCUUUCAGCGGAUCUUAGAAACCGAAAAGAAAAUCACCACCAAUAUCACGUCUCACCAUGAAACAUUGACGAAAAAAAUCGAGGGAAUCACUGAAAACUUUACUCAAAGGGAUGAAAUUUUAUAUCAACGAAUACAAAGUCUUCAGGUUAAAGUUAUUGACGAAGUCAACAUAAAUAGCAAAGAAAUUAUAAAAACAAUAAAAUCAGAGACAGAGGAUCUACAGAUGAAGCAUGCUGAAUUCAUUGGAAAUUUAAAUCAAACAGAGCACAAUUUUCGAUCAAAAACAGAAGAACAAAUGGAAGGUAUUCUGACACAAGUAGAACAGGCAAGACAAGACAUAAAUGAUCAAAUUCACAACCUUAGUGAUGAUGUUAAAGAAAUGGUAAUCAAUCAGGCGAUCAAAACAGGAAAAUUAGAUGUUAAAAAACAAAAUCUGAUGGAUCACAGCAAUGCGAUUAUUCAAGGUCACCUAUAUGAUGAAACAUUUGUUAAAACAGCUGCACUCGAGAAGGGGAAAACUAUUCUAAAUGAACAAAGCCUCCUGAUUAUGCUAGGAAAAGGAGGUUCUGGUAAAACACAAAUAGCGCUGCAUUUAGCAUCUGUUUACAAAGAUGAAGGAUACAUUCCGCUUUUCUUUUCUGACAAAGAUGUAAUUAAGUACAGAGAUCUAAUUUCGAUGGCCGAAAAAAGCAUUGUAAUUGUUGAGGAUCUUUUUGGUAGGACAAAUGUUGACUUUUAUGAGGAUAGCCACAGAAAUAUUCUGGAUAUUUUGUCAAAUUGUUUAAAGGCAUCUACACUUUUGAAAAUGGUAUUUACAAUACGAAACGACCCAAAAUGCAGUGAAAACAUUUUAGCAAAGCACGAUAUAUUUGAUAAAAAAUGUAUUGUUAAUUUAGAUUAUGAUAACAGACUAUCAGACAAAGAACGAAUGACCAUUAUUUUGAGUCAUAUGAGACAUAAUUCAAUAAUUCCUUGUAAAAGUCCAGUAAAGAUAGAUAUAUGUCUUGACGAUGACCCCUAUCCUAGCUGUUCAUCUGAAUGUACUGCUGAUGUCAUUAUGUUGCCAGACAACAACACUCAAAUAUGUACUAACACAGUUUACGAAUGCUGUAUGUGUGACACAUAUUUAGGAUUUCCAGCAACUUGUCGGAUGUUUUGUCAUGAUAAAUUUCUGACGGUUCUUGGUGUGGCAUAUUUCCGUAACACGAAUCAAUCGCUGAAAAAUAAGGUCACAAAUCUGUUCUCAGACGGCUUUGACAAAUUAUCCUGUCGGUAUCAAUACUGUGUAUUGGUAUAUACUGCUUUGAAAUGCAAUUUUUUCGAUAACAACAUUUUAGGAAGCCAUAUAGAAAAUGAUGAAUUGUUCAAGAAGAUAUUUUCCAUAUUUGAUGACAAGAAAACAAAGAUACGAAAAACAUUAGUCCAACAAGCUAUUCUUACCCUUGAAGGAGAUUACCUAAUAAAAAGCUCUAAGUUUGGUGAGUUUUACCAAAAUUGGCUUACAUAUCCAAGAGGAAACGCUUAUAUGUUUAAACAUCAAGCUGUCCACGAUGCUGUUCUUGUCUCAUUUGGUAACGAAUGUCCCGAAACAUUGAUGAAACUGGAUAUCUGCGAUCUUGGAUUUAUUUUACAAUAUAUAAGACCAGGCUUGAAACAACCUGAUUUCAAUUCAUCCGUCCUACAUGUUGAUCCAAAACUUCUUAUUGAUAAGCUGAUCUUCUUUCUAGAUGAAGAUAUAUCAUUCAAAAUCAAUUUUUCCUCAGUAUUUCAGAUUACAGGAAUUUUUAAUCCAUGGAAUCCGCCGCCACCUGACUGUGCAAAUGAUGGAGACAGUUUUCAGGAACAAUCAAUAUUUGAAGAAAGCAAAGACUAUGAAAGUACUGAUGACGAAAAUAGUUUAUUUGAUUCAGAGUCUGAAGAUUCCAAUCCUGCCAGCGAUACAAAUGACACAAAUGAUGACAAUGAUGACGGAGAACCGUGGUUCCGUGGUUAUCCAGAACUGAUAGGGGAAUAUAUUAGGAAAUGCAUUAUAGAAAAAAGAUACAUCUCAUUUGUUAAACUAUUUCUUGAAAGACUCUCUACACGUGUACCAUCACCAGAGCAAAUGAAUGAGUUUCUUACUGGACUUACAAGAAGGGGCACCUGUUUGAUGAACUUAACAGUCAAUUCCGACAUCAUUCGUGAUUCUGCUUUAAAAUAUGGUGAUGUAAAUGUCCUUUGUCUAAUUUUUAGACCAAAGAGUUCGACUACCAAGCAUUAUAAUUUUUAUGAACUAGAUGAUAGCGUACUUCAGGACAAACUUAUUGCGAUCAUGGACGAAAAUCAAAGUUAUAAAGUUAUAACGGAAAUUGGAAACUUUUUGUAUAGAAUUGGAAUUCAAGAUGAAAACCAUGAAUUUGUCCAAAGAUUUUUGAACUGCAUUAUAGAUAAAUAUAACAAAAGAGAAAAUAUUUAUAAAGUCCGAUAUAUUAUCGAUGGUAUGUCUAGCAAAGGCAGCCGAACUGACGUUGUUCCCCAUUUUAUAGAAUUCACGCAAAAACACUUAAUUACCUAUGGAAGUAUUAAAGCUAUCAUUGGUCUUUGGGAAGUACUAAACACUGAAACACACAACAAUCAGACAGUAAGUUAUAUACAAUUAAUGGCAGUUCUAGAAAAUAAAUUCAAACAUCAUAUACUGCUAGGCGCAGAUGUUGAACAUGGAGUAAAAUACAAUCUACAAACACAAGAAUAUGGAGCAUGUAUAUUCGAUCUAGGUAUAAAAAUUCAAGACAACAAGUUAAUCGAAGAGCUGAUAUUAAAACUGAUUGAAAUUUACGAAGUGUUUCUUGGAGGUAGAUUGACUUAUCAUUUUGAAUCACCAAACAGUUUCCAUUUCUUAGUUUAUUUCUAUAAUGGAUUUACUAAAUUUGAUUCGCGAAAAGAAGAUGCAACUAAAAUGUGUCCUUUUGGAAUGAAAAAACUGCAUUGUCAUUUGAAGCGAUAUAAAAUAUUUUUAAAGAAGGUAAGAGAAGCAAUAAGCCAUGCCAAUCAGUCGGAGGAAGACGUAGUUAAUAUUGAGCUUUUGUGUAUACUUAGGAACAUGAACAUACUCAAUCCUAAGAGCAGUGACCGUAUUAGCGAGGAUGAUGACGAUGACGAUGGUGAUCAAGCAUUUUAAAACAAGUUCGUUAUUGAAAAUCAAAGAUUCGUUGACUGUUGUUUCAAGUUUAAAGAAUUAUAUUUCAUUCUAUUUUCAAAACGUUUAGUUUUUUCACAUACACAUUAGACAGUUGGAUAGUUGCUAAAAUGGCUUCAAUUAAAAUAGUUGAAGGUCAAUAACAAUCCGACAUAGUUCUAGACUGUUUUAUUAUAACUUCUUUAGUCAAAGCUGACCUUAGAUGAAAUUGAUAUAUUUCAAGUGGCUUUUAUUCAUAACGUUCCUAACGUUUCUAUUUAUAAAUAUACCCAUGUGUUUAAAAUGAUUGGGUUCAUUAUGAAGGUAAAUUCAGAAAAAAGUAAAACAGUUAUGUUUUGAAAAGGUUUAUGAAAUAAAUUGUAUUUCUU